AUGACAAGUUUAGAUAGACAAUUAAAAAGCAUUAAAGAGAAAAUUCAUUAUGUAGAUGUUACUAAAAAGAGAGCAUCUUUACUAUUUAAUGAAGUAGAAGCUGCAAAUAUUGAUUUAGAUGCUGUUUUAGCAAUGGGUCAAGAGGGUUUAGAAGAGUUAAUAAAUAUAGAUGUCAGAUUCAAAUGCUUUCAAUUAACAUUGUUUGCAGAUACAUCAAAGACAUUCAACAGAGUAUUAGAGGUUAAAGAAGAGAACGACAAAAUCGACAUUGAAAUUAAUAAAUUUUUAGAAUUGCAAUCAAACUAUUUCCUUAGUAACUCUGCCCACAAAGCUUUGGAAUGGUUAAUCCGUAGAUAUAGAAUAAAUGAAUUCAAUAUUGAUUCAGUAUUAUCCUCAAUUAUACCUUAUCAUGAAUCAAAUAUUUUUGCUAAAUUUUUAUCAAUUUUACAAUUCGAGUUUAAUAAAAAAUGGGAAUUUUUAACAAAUGUUCAAGAAAAUAAAGUUUAUAUACCAAGAGAAUAUUUUAUUAAAAUUACAGGUUCACAUCCGUUCUUUUUAGAUUUCAUUUUAUCAACUGUCGAAACUUAUGAUAGAAACAACCUUGUUACCAAACCAUUAGUCUCAUUCUUUACCGCUUUUCUUAUCGAACUUUUAACUGUAAAAACCACCCCACACUUAAAAGAAACUUUAGCAUGUUUACUUAAAUGUUUAAAGAGUAAUAAUACAGAUUUACUUCUUGGUACCCUAUAUGAUUUUAACUCUGCAUUUACAUUUUUAAUGGUCUUAUUCCAAAAACAAAAGUUUGAUUCAUUAUCAAAUUCAACUUUAGAAUUAUUAGUUUCAAUUCCAGCAUUAUUCGAAAUUUUAUUUGAUUUCCAUUCACAAGAAAAAUCAUUAGAUAGAUUAUUAUUAAUUUUAUUCAAAUAUCUUUCAAGUAAUAUAGUCGAAUCAGCAGAGUGUUAUACAUUAUUAAGCCAAUUAAUUACAGAUUUACCAAACACACAACAAUAUCACAGUAUUAUUUUUAAUAAAAUCAUUUCAACCUAUAUUUUAAAGAAUAAACAAGAGAAAGAAGAAUCCGAUGAAUCAAUUAUAUCAAUAGCCAGAUUAUUAAAUAACCAAAUAGUACAAGAAGAGAUUGAAAAAUUAAUAAAACAACAAAAUAACAACAAGGAUAAAUUGGUAAACUUCCAAAAAUUAAUAUUUGAACAAAAAACUAUUUCAACAUCACAACAAAACACAAUUUUCUUAAAAUUAGAAAGCACAAUUCCAUCCGAGCGUAAAGAUGGUUUACAAUUAUUUAAACAAUUAUAUUCCGAAGAGUCUGAUAAAUCCACUUUAAUAAGCACCCUUUCAAGUUCAUUCUCUGAUACCAUUUAUAGUCGUCUUGUUGAUUCCGACCACUCUGUUGCCAAAGACGCCUGGGCCUUACCAAAACUUUACCAAAUUGUUGUUUCCAAAGAUUUAAUUAAAGCUUCAAAUCAGUUUUUUAAAAAUUCAUCAUUUACCAAUGAUGAUAAAUUAGUUGAAAUCGUUUUAUUAAAUUUAUUAAAUGUAGUCAAACAACAACAAUCAACUACAUCAGAUAUUUUAGCUGUUUUAUUCUCUCAAUUAUUUAACGAAUCAGUAUCAAGUUUAAUUAUCAGCAAAUUUAAUAAAGAAUUAAACCCAAUUUUUAAUAAUGUUACCACCAACAAGAAUAAGAUCGAAACUGUUAUUAAAUCCAUUUCAAAUAAUAUCAAUAGCGAACAAUCAUUAUCAUUACUUGUUUCAGUUUCAAAAUCAACCUAUUCAACAUUUAAUUCAGAUUUAUUCUUAUUAUUAUUAAUCCAAUCAGUUAAACAACAAUACCAACAACAAUCAUUCAAAUUAGCAAUCGAAGUUACCCAACGUUAUAUCAACAAUGAUUCAUCAAAAGAGACCCAAAUGAAUCAAUUCAAUAAUAUUCAAGAUAUCUAUACUGCCAUUAAAGGUUCAUCUGCUGUUACCAAACCAAUCCAAAUUGGCUCAAUUUCACAUGUAUUGUGUUUAAUUAUUGAAAACCUUCAAACCAUACAAGCAGAAUCACUUAUCAAGGAACUUUCAUCCAAUGCUGCCAUUACAUCUACCGUCACCACUGCCAAUGCUUCCUCUAUUGUCCAAUUAAUUCAAUCAUUAUGUAAAUUAAUUUUCAACAGUAAAGUUUCAAACAUUGAUUCCGUUCUCAAGGUUAUCAUCAAGAAAUUCUUUUCAAAUCAAUUAGUUUUCUUUAAAUUUUUAUCAAACUUUUGGCAACAACCAGUUACCGAUUUUAAUAGUGUAUAUCAAUCUCUUUGUUUAAGUGGUUUCUUGGUAAACUCCAAAGCUUUCUCACGUUACAUUUUAAGCAACCAAACUAUUAUCGUUCCAUUCAUUUCACUCUUAAAAUCAAAUGAAUCAUCAAUUAGAUCAACUUCCCUUGAAUCAAUUCAAGAGAUUUAUAACCAAAUUAAAACUACCACUGCUAGUGCCUCCAAGAAUUCCAAAUCCGAUUCAUCCAUCCAAUUUUAUGCUGGUGAAAAUAAACCAACUAUUGAUUUAGAGUUAUUAAGUAAAUUCUUAUUAAAAUUAACUCAAUACAAAAAAGAAUUUUCAAUGGAUAAAGAAUUUUUAGAUAGUUAUUUCUCAAAGGUAUUAUUUAAUCCAUCAAAUACUAUUGCUGCUGAUGAAGAUGACGAAGAUGAAGAUUCCUCUGAUGAAGAAACUAAUAAAGCUGGUACCAACAACACCGAUAAAUUUACAUUAGAUGAAGUUAAAACUAUUGGCAAAUUCUUAGUUUCAAGCUCAUUAAAUAUCGAAUCAAUUGAAAGUAAAUUAUCAUUCAUCUCAUCUUUACAAUCUGUUGAUGAUGUUGCUUUUGUCGAAACUACCUCCGAAUACUUACAAGCACUUUUAGAAAAAGCUAAAAACAAAACAUUGGUCCAAACCGAGUCAAAGAUUUUGGAUAUUUUACUCAAGAAGUUAGGUUCAUCCGCUGUCCUUAAUUCAAGCAAACUUAAGAAAUCCCAUAAUGUUUUUUCAUUAUUCCUUUCAGCUUUAUCAAUUUCAAACGAUAUAGAAUUUACCAAUACCAAAACUAAAUAUUCACCAUUAAGAGUUGCCAUUGCAUCAAUUACCAAGAAUUUACUUUUAACCAUCCCAAUCAAAGAGCAAAUCAAUAUCGUUGAAAUCGUUUUAUCCUAUUUCUUUUCUGAAAACCAACAAGUUAAAGAUGUUGCCAAGAAUGCCUUAUUAUCCGUUUUAGUUGAUGGUACUGUCAUUUUACCAAUGUUAUUACCAGAAAAAGAAACUAAAUCAUCAACACCAGCUGCUUCAUUACCAAUCCCAAGAUAUAAUUCAUUGUUUGAAUUAAUUCGUUUAAAUUCAAGCAAGAUUGGCAAUGUUUCCGUUUUAAUUAAUCCAAUCCAAUUAAUUUUAAAGAAAUUAGAUGUAAAUACUGUUGCUACUGGAGAAGUUACCGUUGAUGCUAUCGAAUAUUGUAAACAACUUGCCAUGGCUUCACUUGGUUCAAUUUGCGAACAAUCUACUUCUGCUAAAGAUAUUAAGUCAAUUGAAGGUCUUUAUGAUAUCUCUAUUAUCAUUAAAUGUGUCGAAUCUACCAAGAGUUUACAAACAUGUAACAGCGCUCUCUUAUUACUUUCAAACUUGGCAUCUAAAUUCCCACAAAAACUUUUCAAAUUUAUGGAUUCUAUUAUUGGUAUGAUUAAAUUUGUAUUGGAAAAUGGUGAUGACAAUUUCUCAUUCAUGAUUUUACAAAAGUUCCUUUCACAAUUGCUUCCAUCUUUAGUAAAACAAGGUAUUUCAUUAGCUUCAAUCUUCAAGUUAUUCUUAGAAUCAUUUGCUACUAUUCCAAAAUCAUUCCGUCUUCAAUUGUUUAACUCUGUUUGUCAAUCAGUUUCAUACAGCCAAUUCCAUAUUCUUCUCUGUUUAAUUUUAAUUAAAAAGAUUCAAGAUUUACGUAUUAUCACAAAGAAACUCAAGCCAUUAGAUAAAGAUACCAUUAUGAGCUCUGACGAUCAAAUUAAAGAAGAAGUCGAUUAUGAUCAAUUUAAUGAUUUCGUUAGUGUAUUCUGUGAUCAAGUACCAGUAUUAGAAAUGUCAACUUCCCUUGCUAAUCUUUGCUUACUUUUAAAUCAAUUAUCAAUCGAAACUGGCAGUUGUAUUGAACCAUUAAGUGAAGAGGAGGAAAUCGUUUAUAGAUUAUUAUCAAAUAACAACUCUAAAGAUAAUCGUUUACUUCAAGUUAAUACUCUCGACUUUAUUUGCGAACGUCUUUCAUCCAAGGUAUAUUUAGAUAGUUUCUCCGUAUCAAGUGCUCAAGAAAGACAAACCAUUGAAAAUCAAUAUCUUUUAGCUUUUGAAAACUUAUUGGUAUUACUUAAAAAGACUACUGAAUAUAGCGAAAAAACAAUCGUUAGUACAAACCAAAUUAAACUUAAUGGUAGUAAUAACAGUAUUAUUAAUCAAGUUGGUAAAGAUAAGUUUAUUAAAAAGAUUUUAUCUUCAAUCAAUCUUUGUAUGGAUCGUUUAAGUCAACUCCUCAGUGUACCAGGUUUCAUUUCCACUAUUACUCAAUUACUUGAACACAGUGACAGCAAUGUACGUCGUCGUUCAUUAGUUAUCUUUAAUGAAAAGAUCACUUUAAUUAAAGAAGAUAUUGAACAAGAACAAGUUGACCAAUUCCUUUGUCUUAUCGAUUCAUUUGCUCGUAUUCUUGAAAGCUCCACUGAAACCGAAGCCAAUAAACAAACUGCUUUAUUAUCAUUCGAAAUUUUAGCAAGAAACUUUUCAUCAAGCAACCCAACCGUAUUCCUUUCACAAAUUCCAAUUAUCAUCAAAUCAAUGGGCCACAGCAGUCAUCAAGUCGUUUCAUCAUCAUUAAUUUGCAUUGCUACACUCUGCAGUGAAUUACAAGCUAAAACCAUUCCAUAUAUCCCACAAUUUUUCCCAGUACUUUUAAAUACUCUCACUGGUUCAUACAAGACUAAUCACCUCCAAGAAGAAAAUGAAACUCGUACUCUUUUACAAAUUAGUUGCAUUAGUUCAUUAGAAAUGAUGCUUAAUACCAUUUCUAAAUUCUUAAGUCCAUAUCUUCCACAACUUUUAAAUGCUUUACUCCACCCACGUCUUACAAGCAACAGUCUUUUAUCUGGUAAAUUAUUAGCUCAAAUUAAACGUCUCUUAAGUUUACUUACCAAGAAUGUAGAGUUCCGUCUCUUAUUACCAGCCAUGUUUACCGCUUAUGAAUUUGCUGUUCAAUCUGAAAAUGAUCAAUCCCUAAUUUGUCUUUUCGAUUUCGUCGGUGAAAUUUCAUUAAACUUGGGUCCAAAAGAUAUUGCACUCCAUCACAAGAGCAUUUUCAAAUUCUACCUCCAAUGCUUCGAGUUCCGUAAAAAGUACAAGGAUCGUGUUAAAAAUGCAGAUAAAAUUGAAGAUCACAUUAUAUCAUCAUUUAUGACUUUGGUAAUGAAGUUAAAUGAAAACUUAUUUAAACCAUUAUUUAUUAAGGUUUUAGAUUGGGCUUUAACACCACAACAACAACAACAAAAUGGUAAUCAUCACGAUGAAGAAAGUGAAGAAGAUGACAAUAGUGAUAGCGAAGAAGAACAGGUUUCAAACAAAAAGAAAAAAGUAAUGAAUGGUAAAUCUAAACCGGUUCAACAACAAGAAAAAUCUAAAGAUAAUUUAUUAUUCUUUUAUAAAAUUGUAAAUUCAUUAUCAUCAAACUUAAAGACUAUAUUUGUACCAUACUUUGGAUACUUUUUAGAUGACUCAAUUCGUCAACUUCAAUCUAUAUUUAAUAAUACACCAUUAAAAAAUAAUAAUAAUAUAAUUGUAAAUGAAACAAAUAAUAUAAAUAAGAGAAAACUUUUAAAUAAUAAUAAUAAUAUAAAUAACAAUAUAAAUAAUAUAAAUAAUAAUAAUAUAGAAGAGUCAAUUUUAUGUUUUGUAAUUUCAGCUUUAGAAAAAUGUUUUAUGUACGAUACCGAUGGAUUUUUAGAUAAACAAAAAUUCGAACAAGUUUUACCAGCUUUAGCCAACCAAUUAGAAAAUCAAAUGGGAACCAUUGAAAGUUAUAAUAAUAGAGUUAAACAUUAUCUUGCUCCAUGUAUUACCCAAUUAGCAGUUGCAAUUAAUCAAGAUUUACUCUGGAAACAUUUGAACCAUACUAUUCUCAUGAAAACUAGAUCACCAUAUUCAAUCGUUCGUUACUCUGCCAUGGUUGUUAUCAAUUCACUUCAUAGAAGAAUGGGUGAACAAUUAUUAAUUUUAUUACCAGAAACAAUUCCAUUUAUUUCUGAAUUAUUAGAAGAUUCCGUUCCUGAUGUUGAACGUAUAACUCAAGAAACUAUUAAGGAAAUCGAAAAACAUCUUGGAAGUGAUGAAUCUAUAAAAUCCUAUUUAUAA